AUGCCUAAUUUGCAAGACAACAUGUCAAGCUACCAUCCUCGGGACCCGAAGAGGCUUUUGUUUAAGGAAAAGCAAGAGAGUGCAAGGAAAGAUGUUGAGAGGGCAUUUGGGGUACUCCAAUCUCGUUUUGCUAUAGUUCGUGGGCCUGCACACGAGCGUCACACUUAUAACAAAAACUUUCCUAACGAUGAAUUUUCACCAAGUGUUGUUGAUGAUGUGCAUCAAGGACAUGAAGAGAAUUUUGAGUCAUAUCUUGAAAGAGAUGCAACAAUCCGAGAUAGACAAAUGCAUCACCAGCUAAAGGCUGAUUUAGUUGAGCAUAUUUGGUCACGUUUUGGUAGCUAUAACUUGAAUUGA